UUCGGUGCGGCCCGUCGAAGUCAACAGAAGUGUUUUGCGUGUGGUACGUAGCAGGCGGCAAUACGGCAAGUGGUGAGCGCUGCCAGCAAAGUUAAAGCUAAUGAAAAAACGUCUUCUCGGUGUCGGUCUUUAGUGUGCUCUUUUCGUUGGGGUAAUUGUGACGAAUUCUAGCCACGAUAGCAGCCACUCCGUGGCUCUUGUGUAUUUAUCGGCAGGCAUCGAAAAGGUUCAAAGUCGAAAUUGUUGGUCGAAAAACCACCAGAGAACGAAGUGGAAGAGUGAAAAAAAAAAUCGAGGUGUUAAUCGAAGCAACCGCACGGGGCAGUAAAGAACCUCCUGUUUCCCGGCUCGUUUCGGCAAAGGGUGCACAGUGAGGGUAAAAGCUACCCCUAUACACCCAUCCACGAAAAGCGGCGAAAACGGUACAACAACAACAACAAAAACAACAGCGGCAGCAACUCCGGAAAGUCUAGAGCAGCAGCAGCAGCAGCAAAAAGGGAAUAGAAGAAAAUACGAACCGAAAAAUGGGGAAAAGCAAAAUCCAGUGCAGCAAGUGUCAGAAAAAGUGCUCUGGCGAGGUGCUGCGCGUUUCCGAUCGCUACUUCCACAAGACCUGCUUCCAGUGCACCAAGUGCAACAAGUCGCUGGCCACCGGUGGCUUCUUCUCGAAGGAUGGCGCCUACUACUGCACACUCGACUACCAGAAGCUGUACGGGACGAAGUGUGCCGCUUGCAGCCAGUACGUUGAGGGCGAGGUCGUGUCCACGAUGGGCAAUACAUAUCAUCAGAAGUGCUUCACCUGCAGCAAAUGCAAACAGCCGUUCAAAUCGGGCAGCAAGGUUACCAACACCGGCAAGGAGGUCCUGUGCGAAAGCUGCGUAAAGUGUCCACCGGGCAGUGGGGUGGGCGGCGGCGGAGGAGCAACCGCAACCGGGUCACCGACGGUCGGUGCUGCGGCAGGGGUGGUGCAGGGUGGUACUGGUUCGGCCACCGUGUCUCCCAAGAGCCGGGCGAUCGAGCAGAAGCAGGAGCAGCGCACUAUUAAGGAGAUCACCUCGAGCCCGACGAAGGCGGCCACCCUGCAGCACCAUCAGGAGACGGUGAAGAAGCAGCAGCAGCUGCUGCAGAACGGUGGCAAGCAGCCGGACCCGAACGAUUGUGCCGGCUGCCAGCAGCAGCUGAAGGAGGGCCAGGCACUGAUUGCCCUCGACCGGCAGUGGCACAUUUGGUGCUUCAAAUGUAACGCGUGCGGCACUACGCUGAACGGGGAGUACAUGGGCAAGGACGGUGUGCCGUACUGCGAGAAAGACUUCCAGAAGUCGUUCGGCGUGAAGUGUGCGCAUUGCAACCGGUACAUCAGCGGAAAGGUGCUGCAGGCAGGUGAUAAUCAUCACUUCCAUCCGACUUGCGCCCGCUGCACCAAGUGUGGCGAUCCGUUCGGCGACGGGGAAGAGAUGUAUCUGCAGGGCGGCGCCAUCUGGCAUCCGCGUUGCGGCCCUGGCCCGUCGUCCGAGGCCGGCAUACUGAACGGUGUCGAUACGAACGGGUUCAACACGGAGACGGAGUUCGAUCGUACCAGCACGAGCGGUAUGAGCGAAAUACAGUUUACGUAUCGUUCACAAACGCCGAGCGUUAAUGGUUCAGUUUAUAGUCCCUACACGCAUAGAAAGUACCAUCGCACCACAAGCCCGGGCUUAAUAUUAAGAGAAUACAAAAACCAAGGCUACGAGGAUAUCGCCCGUAUCUACACCUACAGCUACCUGACCGAGGAGCCCGGUUAUCUGCGGCGCCCGAUUGAGCCGUACGAUAGGGCGCCGGUGUCGCCCCACUUCCAUCGGCCGGUGCAGCACUACUCGUCGAUGGGCGUCGGCGGCACGGCCAGCAGCAUCGGUACGCGGUCCGCUUCCGGGUCGCGGUCACACUCGCGCAGCCGCAGCGCGAUGAAGGUGCUGGUGGACAGUAUCCGGUCGGAGACGCCGCGCCCCAAGAGCCCGGGCAUGAACAACGAGGAGCCGAUCGAGCUGAGCCACUAUCCGGCGGCCAAGAAGCCGCCGCCGGGCGAGAAACCAAAGAUCGAACGGGACGACUUCCCGGCCCCGCCUUACCCGUACACGGAUCCGGAGCGUCGGCGCCGCUAUUCCGACUCGUACAAGGGUGUACCUGAGUCCGACGACGAGGUCGACCAUGCGAACAACAAGGAAAACGUUACUGAAAAACGCCACACGAAGGAGGAGGAGGAGCUGCGCAAGCUGAAAUCGUCCGGCAUGGGCACGGUCAUACUGAAGGAUCUGCAGGAGAAGAAGCGGUACGAGCACUGGAAGCAGGAAAAUCUCGACCCGCGCAACGCGUCCCGCACGCCCUCCGCCUCGAAGGAGCCGAUGUACCGGAUGCGCUACGAAUCGCCGGUCGGUGCGUCGCCGUCGCGCAACCUGGACCACCAGAAACCGUUCUACGAGGAUGAGUUUGACCGUUCCACGAGCUACCGUGGAUCGGUUGGUCGUGCCAUCGGUAACGCGACCAGCUACAACGUGGUGAGUUCCUUACGACAAGUACCUAAACCGGGUUACGGCUUGGCCCCACGUUCGCAUACCUUCAGUUCCGCUACGUCCGGUUCCGCUCACGGUGUUCCUGAUUUCUCAUUCAGCGGACUCGGAGAUAAGACCCACAGUACGGAGUUUAGCUGCGGCAAAAGCGACAUUUCCGGCGAUUCCAUAACCGAAGGCGACCGUCGUGCACUGGGCGCAGAGCUUCCCGCCUCCAGUACGUACUCCGGUGCGCUUUCCUACCACUACCCGCAGCAACCAACCCGUCGCAGCUUGCCCAACAUGGCCCACUCGAUGCUGGUGCACGAGCCGGCCAAGAUCUAUCCCUACCAUCUACUGCUUAUCACCAACUACCGAUUGCCGUCUGAUGUCGAUAGAUGUAAUCUAGAGCGUCACCUAUCGGAUGUUGAGUUUGAAGCCAUCUUGCAAUGCACACGGCCCGAGUUUUACCGUAUGCCCCAGUGGAAACGCAACGACAUGAAACGGCGUGCUCGGCUUUUCUAAGGAAAGAAAAGAUACAAACACCAACACAACACUGGGUCUUUGGCCAUCAAUGCACGCGGUCCAAUGCGACCAACUACGAACACUCUAGCUUCCUUGCCGGGCAAAACAAAUAAGCAAAAAGAAAGAAAAAAACGCAUCGGAAAAAUCAAACCAAAACACCGUGCUGCUAAUGCUAUUGUACCAACGUAAGCGCCCGCGAGAGGGCGUCCGUCUCUAAAAAGUGUUUUGUGUUAUUUUGUUUUGUUUUGUUUUUCUUCUUCAUCGUUUAAUGUGGACGUUGGCUUUGAGUACACACGGCUGCGUUUAUAUACACAUUAUAAUUAUUAUUAUUAUACUACUAUAACAACUACUAUGAUUGAAACCUUCUAGCCUUUCCUAUUUAGUUGCGUUACGGGGUGCUAACGUAGGGGGUAGCAUCUUUCCUUAAACAUUGCAGCACGUAUGCUUUGAACGUUUAGACAGUUUACUUUUAGCUUUGACGAUUGCCGAGCGUACAAUUUUUAGGGCUUCUUUCUUAAUUUAUAACCGAAAUGCGCUUGCUUGCGGAAUGGAACAAAAAAACAAAAACAAAAAACAAAAAAUUCGUACAUAUUUAAUCCACAUUGUUCUUGUUGUGCGAUGCGCAAUUGAAUUUGCCCUGCGGUCCGGUGUACCGGUCGAGAAAGGAAAGAAAAGCAGGAGAAAAAACAAAUUUUCAUUCGCUUGUAGCUUGUGAAAUUGGCCUAGAACCGCGAACUCUGUGCGAAUAUAUUGGAUUUUGUGUGUCGACACUGUCGCCGCGGCAGCUGAAUUCUAAUGCAUUUAUGUAAGCACUGUAACGAGGUAGAAAGAGGGCUGUUAAUUGUUUCUUGCGGCAUGCAUGUUGGUUUAGGGGUUUUCUGGGGGAAAAAAACACUGAGAGAGAGUCAUUAGCGAUAAUGAAGGUGAAAAGAACUAAGGAAAAGGUAAACCGAGCAAUGGCAAAACAAAUGAACACAACAUACACACACACACAAUCGAAAACAUUACAACAUAAACAUAGCAUGAACACAGUGACAAGAACUUAUUAGAUAUUGGAUUGGUGAAACAUAUUACACAAGAGAACACAAAAUUCAGCUAGCCUUAAUGCAACUAAUUGUAGAUUUUAAGUAGUGACGUGAACUAUGAUGGUGGGUACAACUAUAGAAACAAAGCCGAAUGGGAAGGGCGGAGAAGCAGCAAACGCGCGAUAGGAGAUAGAGAUAUUUAUGAGUUUUUAUUUAUACGAACGAGAGUAGUGCAUACUCUACAACAUCUAAAUCGCCGGAUCGAAAAUGUGAAAUAAAUGAAGAGAAAUCCAUUUAAAGCAAACGUGCAAGCCGAGCGCAGAAGAAAGCGCACUCAUUACACUUGAUUUGCUGCGGCUGGCUAGAGCGAGAGAGAGAGAGAGAGAGAGAGAGAGAGAGAGAGAGAGAGAGAGAGAGAGAGAGAGAGAGAGAGAGAGAGAGAGAGAGAGAGAGAGAGAGAGAGAGAGAGAGAACGAACACCGCGAUAGUAAAGCUAUGAAAUUAAAAGAAUAAUUAAACUAUAAAGUUUGCAAAUCGGGAAAUCAGAUGAUUCACAAAAUGAAACACAAAACUGCCCAGUAUCAUCAUACUGUUAGCGUUUUGCUUCGGUUGCUUGAACGGUUCAAAUACACUAUCGCAUACUGUCGCAGAUACAGGGUUUUCCAGGAGUUCUUAUAGCUAUGGCACACUUUAUUGACUCUUUUUUACAAGAAAUGAACUUCAUAUGAUGGGAAUUAUCGGACUCUAUAGCAUCUUUUUUGGCAAAUCCAAUUGGAUUUUUUCCUGGAGCCUGUCCAAGAAGAGUGCCAUGGAAUCCAUUUUCCAUCAUAUGAAGUUUACUUCACAUAAGAAAGAGUCAAGGAAGUGUCCCACAACUAUGAGAAUCCCUGGAAAACCCUGUAAUUGACACAAAAAGGAAAAACUAAACAGAUUUGGAGGAAAAGCAAAGGAAGGAAAGCAAGCAAAUAAGGGAUCAGUGAAGAUAGUUCCUCCGGCGGCACACCCCGUGAGUAAGCGUAGAAAGAGACUGUGAGAAAGCUACUGAAACCCUAAUUGCGCUGUUAGCAGAGACGAGGAAACGAAAUUUACCAGCAGAAACGAAAUUACCACACAAAUUUAUUCAACACACAACAUCACGGCAGCGUACACCGAGCGAGCGAAAGUAAAAGAACGAAAUGCUACGAAAUGAAUGAAGCGAAGAAAAAAAAAAAGCUUAAGCAUCACAUCCAUGAAAACAAAAGAGCACCAAAGUGAGGAGGAGAAACGCAUUACAAAUUCGCUACCUGUCGGCAAUAAAUACUAAAAGGCGAUCCCGAAAUCGA